AUGCGCUGCCGACAGACGAUGCACAAUACUGGCGGCAUAACAAAGCACAAGCCGUUGCUUUUGACUUUUGCCCACUUCGAUACGCCCAGCGCGACAACGCAAGAUGAACUUGCAACCCUGUCUGGGCCCAAUAAGCGAGAUCCCUCCAGACAAGGCUCGACAGGAUCGAGGCGUCUGCAUCUGCCAUACCUUCGCACAUGCUUGCGAAUAGUUCGCAUUGGCCCUGUACCUCUUCAGGCAGGACUUGAACGAACGCCACAUCGCGCGGGGAGCCCGGAUCACGCAAGAUACGUGGCUGCUCGUGCUCAGCGCCUCUCUCUGGGCGAUCACCCCGGCUAG